GCUUCGAGAUUCCUCCCACCUGUCAAACAAUUUCCCUUGUGCGUCCCUAUAUCUUCUAAUAAACAAACCCUCUCGACCACUUCUGCGCAUCAAUCCUGCCACGAUGACCGCCACAAAGGCUCAAUCUCAAAAGAUCUUUGAGAAAUUAAAAUCCAAGCAAGCCAACAAGAUUUGUUUCGAUUGCGGUCAGAAGAACCCGACAUGGUCCUCCGUGCCAUUUGGUGUCUAUCUAUGCCUUGAUUGCUCCUCCAACCAUCGAAACCUCGGUGUCCAUAUCUCCUUUGUCAGAUCGACGAACUUGGACGUGUGGCAAUGGGCUCAAUUACGGACGAUGAAAGUUGGCGGAAAUGAGUCGGCCACGAAGUUCUUCCAAUCCAACGGCGGCAGUGCUGCCCUCGCAAGCAAAGAUGCCAAGGUCAAAUAUACUUCCAAUGCUGCGAACAAGUACAAAGAAGAGCUCAAGCGCAGAGCAGCAAGGGAUGCUGAAGAUUAUCCGGAGGAAGUUGUGGUCACGGACGAAGCCCUUGCUACGCCUGCCGACGGCGCAUCAACACCUGCAGAGCCAGCCGACGACUUCUUUUCUUCAUGGGACAAGCCCACCAUCAAGCGACCGAGCAAUCCUCCAUCGCGCAGUGGAACUCCACCCGUGGUCUCGCGUAGCGGCUCUCCUUUCCUCUCCGCUGGUAAUGCCAACGGCUCCGCGGCACGUCCAAAGUCGCCUUCUCCGCUCGCGGGCGCUGCCAACGACGCAGAAAACGCCCUCCCAGCUCCUACUGCCAUCCGCACGACUUCCUCCUCCGCCAUCCGCAAAGGACCCUCCGCUGUGGGAGCCGGCGCCAAGCGUACCAAUGUGCUCGGCGCAAAGAAGACACAAAAGCUGGGUGCGAAGAAGGUUGUAGGCGAAGAGAUUGACUUUGAAGCCGCGGAAAAGGCCGCAAAGGCCGAAGCAGAGAGGAUAGAGAAACUCGGCUACGAUCCUGAGGCCGAGAAGGCGCAAGAGCUGGCGAAGAACAGGUCAACGAGUUUGACUUCAACGGCAAAAGAGGCUCCGGCGCCUAUAGCCACGUCAAAGGCUGGGGGCUAUGGUUCUAGCACGACCCAUGUUCGCAGCCCAAGCGAAGUGGAAAGACUCGGUAUGGGUAUGGGCAGGUUGGGCUUUGGACAGACCGCGUCAAGCAAAUCCGCUUCUUCCGCUCCAGCACCAAAGAAAUUGGGCUUUGGAAGCGUUGGAGCCAGCAAAGCUCCUGUGGAAGACGAUUCCGAACAAUAUGCUCGCCAAAAGUUCGGCGUGCAGAAGGGUAUCUCAUCGGACGAGUUCUUCGGUCGCGCCUCUUUCGACCCGUCCGCACAGGCCGAAGCCAAAACACGCCUUCAAGGCUUCGAAGGUGCCACCAGCAUCUCCUCGAACGCUUACUUUGGCCGACCUGAAGAUGACGUGACAGGUCUAGAGAAUGGUGAAUACGGAGACAUUGAGACGGCCGCGAAGGACUUUGUCCGGAGGAUGGGGUUGACGGCCGGUGACGAUCUCGAGAACCUGAUCAAUGUCGCCGGCGAUGGUGGGAGGAAAUUGAGAGGUGCUGUCGCGCGGUACUUGAACAGUUAGGCCAUGACAAUGAGUCGCAAGGGGUAUGAUUGCAGUAGAUGCGAAAUGUUUUCACUAAGCAACGUUUUCGAGACCAUGCAGCGAAGUUGAGAGGAUAGAAUAAUGAUGUUCAUAUGGCAAUGCCUCUUUCUUAGUGGUCACGAAGCAGAAGUAGAGGGGAUACAUAGCAGGAUUCAGGCUGACUUACGAAUGUACUCAACUGGUCGAGCCGAAUGGGGGCAAUGAGAUGAUUUUCCAACGAUGCCACAAGUAUGGCAUCUUGACAACUUG